AGCCUGGAUAACGCCAAAUGGACUACAUAGCACCCAGUGAUGGACUGGAAUUCUUGUCUAAAGUAGAUAUGUAAUGUAGUAGCUGCUGGUUUGAGACCUGGUACGGAUUACAGUUGGGGACAAGAGUUUCGGUCCACCACGAAUAUUUGCGGAUGCAAGAUCAGACUUCCUCUAAAAAUUGCAUAAAUCCCUGAAACUAGCAACCAGUAUCCACCAUGAGUACUCCAGUUGCCGAUAACAAGUCAGCUGCAGAGGAGCAGGUGCCGAAAGCAGGGGACAAGCAGGAAACUUCUACAGCCUCCGAGGAUGUACAAGUGGAAGAUAAGACAGAGGCUGCUGAAGAGCCCUCUACUACUGCGGAACCGACUGCAAUGGAGGUGGACUCGUCCUUGAACGAGACGAAACCUGAAGCUGCUUCCGGCGAAGAAGCUAAACCUGCUGAAGGUCAGACAAGCGAGGAGGACGCCAAGGCGAAAAAUGACAACAAAAAUCGUCGCAACGGUGCCACUCGCAAGCGUUACAAAUGGUUGCUAGAACAGGGCUACUCCAAGGAGGAGGCUGCAAAUAAGGCCAAGGAACCGUUCAAAGUUCAAGAGCUAGAAGAAUAUAAGAGCCUGAGUGGCGCAGCGAAGAAGCGGUUCAAUUGGCUAUUGAAGAAUGGUCACAGUGAUAAGGAUGCUCUCACAUUGGCUCGCGAGCCAAUGGAAGCGUCCAAGCGCAAUCUCUCGGCAAACAGAAGUCCUUCGAACAAAAUCUCAAAGGCAUCAGUUGAUCCAGCAGGAGGCAUGGUUAUGGCUGUUGCUGCCAUGGACUAUCCAAACACGUCCUUCACCAAAACACAAGCCAAUGACUUUAAGUCCGCCAUCCUGAAAGAGGUUAUUGCUCAGAAAGAUUCGGAACUGAAGCCUCAUUUUGAGAGCUGCACUUACGUCAAGGGGUAUCUUCGGGUUCACUGCUCGGAUGAAGAUACUCGUCGUUGGCUUCAGCGCGUCGUCUCCAAAAUAACUGUUCCUGAGGGUAUGGCCUCCUUGAAGAUUAUCGCGGAAAAGAAUCUACUCAAAGGUGACAUUUACACUGGUUUCUUUCCCGAUAGUCGCAAGGACAAUAACGAAGCCAUUCUGGAAUUUGUCGAUAGCCAGAACGAGAGCAUUGAUACCUCCAAGUGGAAGAUUCUCUCUCGCAAAGAGGUCCAAAACAAGCAGACGGUUGAGCUCACGUUCACCAUGGACCAAGCAUCUGCAAAGAGCUUGCAAAGCCUUGGUUACGAACUGAACUAUAAAUUCAACAAGAUUAAGAUUCGUAAGCAGCACAAAUCUGGUGGUGGUGGUACGACAGCAAGCGGCAAUAACACUAAUAUGCGGCAGGUUGUUCCGAACAUGGGUUUGCCUCAAUUGAGAAGGCCGUUCAAUCAGCAGGGUCUACCUUCGAACUUGAACGUUUGGGAUAACAAUAGUCAGAACCGUGUUGGCAACAAUUUUAAUCGGUUUGACAACCAACGAAAUUCUUUCGGCGGUUCUAACAGUGCUGGGUUUGGUUGGACAAACGGAGGGAAUUCCUUCGGAUUGGCUAGUAGAUUAGGAAAUAACUCCUUCGCGGGAAACAAUUCCUAUGGAGGCAACAACUCCUAUGGAAGCAACAGUAACAACUCUCUUGGCAACAAUCCAUUUGCAAACGCCAUUGGAAUGAUUGCCAAUCGUGGUAGUGGCUACCAAUCAAACAACGAUCAUCGCCCAUUCGACAGCUUGAUCGAGAGUCUCUACGAUCAACUGAAGAUCAUUGGUAACACUUCCAAUAGUGGUGGAAACAGCAACAGCAACAACAACAAUGGCAACAACAAUUUUGGGCCAACACGUCGCUUCGGCAGUGGUGGUGUAAAUGAAAAUAGUACCAGCAACACUAACAGUAACAACACUUUCCAAUGGGGUCGAAAUACCGGCAAUAAUGUUGGUACUUCGUCAUCAUUUCCGGAUCGUAACUAUUACGGUAAUCGAAACUUUUUCACAACUACACGAACUGGUUUCUUUUAAGUAACAACAUUCAUCACAGUAUUCCGUAUUGUAAAAGUGAAUUUUUUAUUGAAUGCAUUAACCUAAGUAUUUGAAACUAAAUUUGACUCUAUAUAAACUGUGACUAUGGCAUAAAAUAAACCUAAUGUAACCCUAACAA